GUUCUUCUGUCCUCCUCCGUGUGUUUACAUCGGCGGCAAUAUUUGGAGACUGAUACAGGACCUCCUCCAAGCGGGCGCGUGCGCUGGCGGCGGCGUACGUGGCUACAUGUGCGUGGACACUGCCGCGCUGACCCACAGCGAUGCCCACAAGCUCAACUUUGAAACGCUCCCCAACAUGACUGGGAUGUUGGCGUGUUCCAAGUCUUUGUUCAUCUCGGACCAGGAUAAAAGGAAACACUUCCGUCUCCUACUGAGGCUUUUCCUGGAAGUGGGCUCCGUUAGACAGGAAGUGGGCUCCAUCAAACAGGAAGUGGGCUCCUUCCACAGCCGCCUGAUCAAAGUGAUCUCCAAACCGUCACAAAAGAGACAAACCAUGAAGAAUGCAGACUGUUAGUACACACCGCAUUUUACU